UAAUCUAGCGGCUCUUUUGAAGCUAGAAACUUAUGUUCCUGGUUGUUAUCUGGAAUAUGACUGUUCAAUAGUUAAUCUUAGAAAUGCAGUAAAUAUUUAACCUAGUGAGAUUGCUCGUCUCCUUUUCUCAGUUAAAGAAGAAACAAAUAUUUGAUCGGGGUGUGUGUUGGGCUGUACAGAUUUCUCUAAUGAUUACCUUACUGCUUUUUGGUACGUGAGACUGUCAAAAAAUAAAAAUAAAAAACUAGACUUGUAACUGAAAAGGUACUAACUGGGCUCAAUUGCCUGUUGUCAGUUGGGCGUUGUGGCCGCUCCUUCUCAUGCUCCCCCCUGACUCAAAGAAAGCAGCCUGAAACUACACUGUCCAGAGCUCUCUCCGUGUGAAGUCAGCCGGUUAGAGGCAGUCUUGGGAGUCCUGGGAGACUGAAGAAAGAGACUGUUGUUCACAGGGCACAGUUGCAGUCUCAUGUGUCCGUCAAGGCUGCUGUGUGGCUUAGCAGGCUGUCAAGCUCCUGUGAACACUCCCUCCCAAGCUGCAGGCUGCAGACGCUUUCCAGACUUCUUGGCUUCCAGGCAACCCCUCAGUGAUGCUGGAGAAGCAGGCAGGAGCCAAGCUGUGGAAGGUCCCCUAUGUUUGCCCGAGAGGAAGUUUGGCGUCGUGGUGGUUGGCGUUGGCAGAGCCGGCUCCGUGCGGAUAAGGGACCUGCGGAAUCCACAUCCUUCAUCGGCGUUCCUGAACCUGAUUGGCUUCGUGUCCAGACGAGAACUCGGGAGUGUUGAAGGAGUGCCCCAGAUUUCUUUGGAAGAUGCUCUCUCCAGCCAAGAGGUCGAGGUUGCUUAUAUCUGCAGUGAGAAUUCCAGCCAUGAGGACUACAUCAGGCAGUUUCUUAAUGCUGGCAAGCAUGUCCUUGUGGAAUACCCCAUGACACUGUCUUGGGCAGCAGCUCGGGACCUGUGGGAUCUGGCUGAGCAGAAAGGGAGAGUCUUGCACGAGGAGCAUGUUGAACUCUUGAUGGAGGAGUUUGCAUUCCUGAAGAAGGAAGUGGUGGGGAAAGACCUGCUGAAAGGCUCUCUUCUCUUCACAGCUGGCCCGCUGGAACAAGAGCGGUUUGGCUUCCCCGCGUUCAGUGGCAUUUCUCGCCUCACCUGGCUGGUCUCCCUCUUUGGGGAGCUUUCUCUCGUGUCCGCCACUUUGGAACAGCGAAAGGAAGAUCAGUAUAUGAAAAUGACUGUGUGCUUGGAGACGGAGAACAAACGUCCGCUCACGUGGAUUGAAGAGAAGGCACCUGGUCUCAAACGGAACAGACAUUUAAGCUUCCACUUCAAAUCUGGGUCCCUGGAGAAUAUGCCAAAUGUAGGCGUCAAUAAGAAUAUUUUCCUGAAAGAUCAAAAUAUAUUUGUCCAGAAACUCUUGGGCCAGUUCUCAGAAAAGGAACUGGCUGCUGAAAAGAAGCGCAUCCUGCACUGCCUGUGGCUGGCGGAGGAAAUCCAGAAACACUGCUACUCAAAGGAGUAAAAGUGGGUGGCAGCAGGCGCUAGCGAGACCGACCGGAGUCUGAUUUUUAUGGAGAGUUGACCGUUCUCUCUCUUCUUACAAUUAAACAUGUCCUGGGUAAACAGGAUUUGCUUAUUGUCA